AUGGGUAGAGUUAUUCGCAACCAGCGCAAGGGUCGCGGAUCCAUUUUCACGGCCAACACGCGCUUGAACAAGGCCCCGGCCAAGUUCCGUACCCUCGAUUAUGCCGAGCGUCAUGGCUACGUCCGUGGUGUAGUCAAGGACAUCAUUCACGAUCCUGGUCGUGGUGCUCCGCUUGCCAAGGUGUCGUUCCGUCACCCUUACAAGUACAAGCAGGUUUCCGAGACUUUCAUUGCCAACGAAGGCAUGUAUACCGGCCAAUUCAUCUACGCAGGAAAGAAGGCUGCUUUGACCGUCGGCAACGUCCUCCCUCUCGGUGAGAUGCCUGAGGGUACUGUCGUGUCGAACGUCGAAGAGAAGAUUGGAGACCGUGGCUCUCUGGGCCGUACAUCUGGUGCCUAUGUCACCAUCAUUGGCCACAACCCUGACGAGGGCAAGACCCGUAUCAAGCUGCCCUCUGGUGCUAAGAAGGUCGUUCACUCUACCACUCGUGGUAUGAUCGGCAUUGUUGCCGGCGGUGGCCGUACCGACAAGCCUCUCCUCAAGGCUUCUCGCGCUAAGCACAAGUUCGCCGUCAAGCGCAACAGCUGGCCCAAGACUCGUGGUGUUGCCAUGAAUCCUGUGGACCAUCCUCACGGUGGUGGUAACCACCAGCACAUUGGUAAGGCGUCUACCAUUUCCCGAUACGCCGCUCAGGGUCAGAAGGCCGGUCUUAUCGCUGCCAGAAGGACGGGUCUGUUGCGUGGUACCCAGAAGACGAAGGAGUAA